AUGAAUAUCACCGAAUUGCAUGAAGUGGUGGUCAUAUCUGAACGAUGGGAUGGAUUAUGUCGCUUGCAGCAUGAUAUAGUAGAAUCCUUGUUGAAAGAGAUUAGCAAGGUUAUUGCGUAUGAAUAUAUGAUUUUUGGGCUGGAAAAACAGAAAAAUCAUUUCCGAGCUCAACUAAACGUCGACCUCAUCAAUGAUGACACGACGAAAUUUGAAAUAAAACGUGAAGAAUUCUUUUGUAACCUUGCGAAGGUGAUCACUAAAUUAAAAGAAAUCGAUUCGAAAUUUAAAGAUGUUCUGCCAUCGACAUUGGACGUAGAUCAGUUAGAAGAAGAGCUGAAAAAGAAGAUCGAAAGACUUAGUAAUCAACUGAUUGGGAAAGCAUCAAAAGAAGAACUCUCUUUAAGAGAUUCCGAUGAUUUUCGUAUAUAUUACAAUCAUUUAUUAUCAUGUGAAAAACACAUGAAAAUUAAUGCAGAAAUAGAUGAAGCGUUAAAACUCUAUAAAGAAAAGCAAGGUGCUUCGGGCAUUAUACAGUUGACUAUGAUCUUAGAAACAUCAGAGAUAGGUACAAGGUUAGUCAGCGAGCAUUCUUGUUUAAGUGGAGAAGAUUGGAGAAAACGACGUGAAAAAAUGCAAAAACAAGAUAAUUUAGAAUAUAUUCUAAGCGAAUUAGACAGGGAUAAUAUUGCGAAAGACGUAUUGAUUACACGUUAUCACAGUUUUCGACGAACGUAUGAACAUUGGGUUUCUACUAUUCUAAAUAAAAUUCCAGAAUUAUUAGCGCAUAUUUUCGCUGUGUGGACGCUAAAAAAUACUCAAUACUAUAACACGAUUCGUGGCAUUGUACCAGCACAAGCUUAUCUGUUGAUGCCACAUGCUGCACAAGUUAUUGCUAUUUUCCGUCUCCUUGGUAUUGGUUAUGAUAGUCGAAUAGAAUUCAGAGGACAUAAGAUACCGGUAACAGGAAAAAUCUCCAAUGAUUUAAUUAAUAAUCUGGUAGAGAUAGGAACAGGUGAAGGCAAAUCAGUGGUGUUAGCAGUAACUGCCUGUGUUUUUGCUCUAACUGGAAUAGAUGUGAAUUACUCAUGCUAUAGCGAAAUUUUGAGUAUGCGAUAUAAGAAUGAUUUUGCUUUAGUUUUCAGAGCGCUCGGAAUAGAAGAACGUAUUGAGUAUGAUACUUUUAAUAAAUUAUGUGAACAGCUAUUGAAUCAACAAUGCAAUGCACGAGAAAAAGUGCACGAUAUAAUCGCAAAUAAUAAAAAUGAGCUAGCUGUAGAUGAACCGAAAGUACAUACACGUCAAAAAGCGCUAUUGAUCGAUGAAGUAGAUGUCGUUUUUAAGUGA